GGUCAGGAGGGUUGGGGACACCCCCAGGACAGGGUCAGGAGGGUUGGGGACAGGCGGUGACACGGGGAUCCUUGUAGACCCCCCCCCAAAGACCCCGUUACUCCUGAGAAUUUAGGGGGACCCCCAAAUUUUUAGGGUCCUUUUAGACCACCAAGAGUUUUGGGGUGUCCCCAACCUUGAGGUUCCUCAAGUGUCGUAGAGUCACUGUUGGUCCCCCCAAGAUUUUAGGGAUCCCCAACCCCUCGGGUCUUCUUGGACCCCAAAUAAUUCAGGGGUUCCCCAAAUUUUUAGGGACCCCAAGAAGUCCCUAAAAGUGUCCCCAACACCACAAGAUCUUGAGGUUCCUCUGAAGUUGUAGAACCGUGGUUGGACCCCCAGAAAUUUGGGGUCCUCUGACAUUGUUGACCCCCAAUAUUUUAGGGUUCCCCCAAUCUUUAGGGUCCCACUUUGACCCCGAAUAUUUUUGGGGUUCCCCAAAUCUUUAAGGUCCCAUUGUGGCCCCAAAUAUUUCAGUGUCCCUCAAGAUUUUUGGGUUGUCCCCAACGCUGAAGAACCUUGAGGUUCCUCCAACAUUGUAAACCCCAAAUAUUUUCGAGGUCCUCCAAAUCUUUGACCUCCAAUCUUUCUAAGAUUUUUUGGGGUUCCCCAAAUCUUUUGGGUCCCACUGGGCCCCUCAAUAUUUCAGUGUCCCUCAAGAUUUUUGGGUUUUCCCCAGCGCUGAAGAACCUUGAGGUUCCUCCACCAUUGUAAACCCCAAAUAUCUUCGAGGUCCUCCAAAUCUUUGACCUCCAAUCUUUCUAAGAUUUUUUGGGGUUUCCCAAAUCUUUUGGGUCCCAUUGUGACCUCAAAUACUUCAGUGUCCCUCAAGAUUUUUGGGUUUCCCCCAACGCUGAAGAACCUUGAGGUUCCUCCAACAUUGUAAACCCCAAAUAUUUUUGAGGUCCUCCAAAUCUUUGACCUCCAAUCUUUCUAAGAUUUUUUGGGGUUUCCCAAAUCUUUAGGGUCCCAUUGUGACCCCAAAUAUUUUCGAGGUCCUCCAAAUCAUUAAGGUCCCACUGGGCUCCUCAAUAUUUCAGUGUCUCUCAAGAUUUUUGUGUUUCCCCAGCGCUGAAGAACCUUGAGGUUCCUCCAACACUGUAGACCCCCAAUAUUUUCAGGGUUCUACAGAUCUUUAGGGUCCCAUUGUGACCCCGAAUAUUUUCGAGGUCCUCCAAAUCUUUGACCUCCAAUCUUUCUAAGAUUUUUGGGGUUUCCCAAAUCUUUAAGGUCCCACUGGACCCUUCAAUACUUCAGUGUCCCUCAAGAUUUUUGGGUUGCCCCCAACAGUGAAGGACCUUGAGGUUCCUCCAGCAUUGUAGACCCCAAAUAUUUUUGAGGUCCUCCAAAUCUUUGACCUCUAAUCUUUCCAGUAUUUUUUGGGGUUCCCCAAUCUUUUGGGUCCCAUUGUGACCUCAAAUACUUCAGCGUCCCUCAAGAUUUUUGGGUUGUCCCCAGCGCUGAAGAACUUUGAGGUUCCUCCAACAUUGUAAACCCCAAAUAUUUUUGGGGUUCUCCAAAUCUUUGACCUCCAAUCUUUCUAAGAUUUUUUGGGGUUUCCCAAAUCUUUAGGGUCCCCUUGAGACCUCAAAUACUUCAGUGUCCCUCAAGAUUUUUGGGUUGCCCCCAACGCUGAAGAACUUUGAGGUUCCUCCAACAUUGUAGACCCCAAAUAUUUUCGAGGUCCUCCGAAUCUUUGACCUCCAAUCUUUCUAAGAUUUUUGGGGUUCCCCAAAUCUUUUGGGUCCCAUUGUGACCUCAAAUACUUCAGUGUCCCUCAAGACUUUUGUGUUGUCCCCAAUGCUGAAGAACCUUGAGGUUCCUCCAACAUUGUAGACCCCAAAUAUUUUCGAGGUCCUCCAAAUCUUUAAGGUCCCACUGGGCCCCUCAAUAUUUCAGCGUCCCUCAAGAUUUUUGGGUUUCCACCACCGCUGAAGAACCUUGACCCCCUCCCCAGGCUCCCCCCACCCCGCUGACCCCCAGGACCCCCGGGGACACCCCCAAACCCCCCAGGCUGCCCUCGGUGCCCUCUGCCCCGCCCGUGGCCCGUCCCGGGGGCGCCGCGGGCAUGGGCGAGCCGCUGGGCUGCUGCGAGCGCGUGGCCAUCAACGUGGCCGGCCGGCGCUUCGAGACCUUGGUGCGGACGCUGCGGCGCUUCCCCGACACCCUCCUGGGCGACCCCCGGCGCCGGCGCCGCUUCUUCGACCCCCAACGCCGCGAGUACUUCUUCGACCGCCACCGCGGCGCCUUCGGGGCCGUGCUCUACUACUACCAGUCCGGGGGGCGGCUGAGGAGACCCCCGGAUGUGCCCCUGGACGUGUUCCUGGAGGAGCUGAGGUUCUACCAGCUGGGCGACGAGGCGGAGGAGCGGCUGCGCGAGGCCGAAGGCUUCUCGGUGGAGGAGCCGCCGGCGUUGCCGCGCGGGGGUUUGAGGCGGCGGGCGUGGCUGCUGUGCGAGCACCCCGAGAGCUCGCCGGCCGCGCGGGUGGUGGCCCUGCUGUCCGUGCUGGUCAUCCUGGUGUCCAUCGUGGUCUUCUGCCUGGAGACGCUGCCACAGUUCCGCUCCGGCGCUGAGGGAGAGGUCAGUGGGGCGAGUGGGUUGUUGUCAUCUUCAUCAUCUUCAUCAUCACCCCCCUCACCCACCCCCACCAACACCACCACCCCCACGCCCCCUCCCCACCGCUCCGGCCUGACCGACCCCUUCUUCCUGGUGGAAACCGUCUGCAUCUGCUGGUUCUCUCUGGAGCUGCUGGUGCGGCUGGUGGCCAGCCCCAGCAAGGCGGCCUUCUUCCGCAGCGCCAUGAACCUCAUCGACCUGGCGGCCAUCGCCCCGUACUUCAUCGCGCUGGGCACCGAGCUGGCGCGGCAGCGCGGCAUCGGCCAGCCCGCCAUGUCGCUGGCCGUGCUGCGCGUCAUCCGCCUGGUGCGCGUCUUCCGCGUCUUCAAACUGUCCCGCCACUCCACCGGCCUGCAGAUCCUGGGCCAGACCCUCAAGGCCAGCAUGAGGGAGCUGGGCCUGCUCAUCUUCUUCCUCCUCAUCGGCGUCGUGCUCUUCUCCAGCGCCGUCUACUUCGCCGAGGCCGAAGACGCGGCCACGGCCUUCACGUCCAUCCCUCAGGCGUUUUGGUGGGCGGUGGUCACCAUGACCACGGUGGGUUACGGGGACAUGGCGCCGGUGACGGUGGGCGGUAAGUUGGUGGGAUCGCUGUGCGCCAUCGCGGGCGUGUUGACCAUCUCGCUGCCCGUGCCCGUCAUCGUCUCCAACUUCUCCUACUUCUACCGGCGCGAGCUGCGCGGCGAGGAGAGCGGCGCCGUGGUGCCCGCCGCGCCGUGCCCGCACCACCCCGAGCCCGCCGGCGACGCCGAGGACAAGGCGGGCGCCGGGCAGGGACCGGGAUGGGGCGUGGACGGAGAGGCCGGCGGAGAGAAGGGCUGGGCCGGGGGCAGGUUGGUGACAGAGGUGUGACAGG